AUGGACCAGGUGGGCACCUUCUGCGGCUCCGUGGGGGGCGUCUGCGGCUGGUCCUGCGGCGCCACGAUCAGCGCCGCGCGGCUCCCGGGCUGCGGCAGCGACAACCGCAUCGACGUGACGUCCAACAGCGUGGCAGGGCUUCAUACCACGGCGGACUUCCAGGGCACCAUCGACCUGCAGGAGUGCAUGGAGGGUGCCGAUGAAGACGGAGGGUGCAUGACAUCGCCCAAUGCCUUUCAGCACUGGAACUGUCCGCAGUGCAAGUACGACCCCAACCCCGUGGGCAGCGACAUGGACAUCAGCUUGGACGAAGAAGCCAGUCCCACACGCAUUUACACCUCCCUGCCGAGGAUGAAAGUCACCCUCCGAGGCGCCCAGAGUCCCAAAGCCUCGAACCUCUUCAACCAGCCGCGCGUGGUGAUGUUGCGCUCCUCCGUCGCGGAGACGGGCGUGUGGAAGAAACUCUACAUGAAGGACACCGGGAAGUUUGAGCUGCCAGUCUUGGUCGAUGCUCCCACUAAAGACCCGGAUGCCGAGUCCGACGAGGCGCGCAAGCCGGGCGUUGUUGUUUCACGCGCGGAAGCGCGGGCAACAGGACGUGUGGUGCGAGCGGAGGAGGGCUCCACAGUCUUCGACGCCUAUACCAAGCAGGCGAUGAUCCUGCGGCAGCCGAGCCGCUUGGCGAUGCAGCCGGACUGGUGCUUCGGGCCUCGAGGCCCCUUGUACUUGGUGGCCUGUGCAGUGAACAGCACCUUGUACGAGAAUGAAGACUUCAAGAACUUCACCGCAGGGCAACGGGUGGCGCCGCCGCCGUUCAACGACCGCUGCGUGGCGGUCAGCGGACGCUGCGGCAGCGCGUGCAGCGGCGCGGCGCAGCACCUGGACAGGUGCACAGCUGAUGGCUACAUCGAGCAGUCGGCCUUGGUGGGAAAGAUCUUGCCGCUCGGAUUCGCGGUGAAGGUGGCCGUGCUGUGCCCGGGCAUCUUCCGGUCCUAUCCGCACUACCGCAGGCGCGGGGAAGGACCGGAAGUUCAACGCUAUGCUAUGGGGAGUGGGAAGUGGGUGGUGAGUCAUGCUCAGUUUUUUUCGAGUUGGAGGAUUUGGUGCGAGUGA